AAGUUUUCAAGCAAGGAAUUAAACACACCACCGUCUCUGAACAAUAAUUAUAAUGUCCGGCGGUGCCAAAGGCCCCAUGAGGGGGCGUCUUUGGCCACAAAUGACCAUUACUGCAGCAUUCGCCAUUAUUUUCAUUUCCUAUAAUGUGGCAGCUGCAGAUCCUUACAUCUACAACUCUCCACCUCCACCACCCUAUGAAUACAAGUCUCCUCCGCCACCCUCACCUUCUCCCCCGCCACCCUACCCUUACUACUACAAAUCUCCACCACCACCAUCCCCCUCUCCCCCGCCACCUUACUAUUACAAAUCCCCACCACCACCUUCACCAUCUCCUCCCCCAUCUUACUAUUAUAAGUCUCCACCCCCACCUAAGGACCCUUAUUACUACAAGUCUCCACCACCUCCGUCACCAUCUCCUCCACCGCCAUACUACUACAAAUCUCCUCCUCCUCCAUCUCCAUCUCCUCCACCCUCAUACUACUACAAGUCACCUCCUCCUCCAUCUCCAUCGCCGCCUCCACCUUACUAUUACAAAUCUCCACCAUCACCUUCACCAUCGCCUCCUCCGCCUUACUACUAUAAGUCACCUCCUCCUCCAUCUCCUGUGCCUCAUCCACCUUACUAUUACAAAUCUCCACCGCCACCUUCACCAUCUCCUCCUCCGCCUUACUACUAUAAAUCACCUCCUCCCCCAUCUCCUGUGCCUCAUCCACCAUACUAUUACAAUUCUCCUCCUCCACCAGUUGUAUAUCACCACCACCCCCAUCACCAGCUGGUCGUUAAGGUUGUAGGUAAAGUCUAUUGCUACAAAUGUUAUGACUGGGCAUACCCCGAAAAAUCUCAUAACAAGAAACACCUCAAAGGAGCUGUUGUAGAAGUGACAUGUGAAGUAGGAAGUAAAAGCAUUAAGGCAUAUGGUACAACAAAGAUUAAUGGAAAAUACAUUAUAACUGUGAAGGACUUUGAUUAUGUCAAAUAUGGAUCUGCAGUGUGCAAAGCUAAGCUCCAUGCUCCUCCUGAGGAUUCACCCUGCAACAUCCCUACUUUGUUGAACGAUGGAACUCACUUGUUCUUGAAGUCUGAGGACAAGUAUGAAGUUGUUCUCAAGGCUAAGCCAUUUGCUUAUGCUUUAAAGAAGUCAUAUGAAAAAUGUGAAAAGCACAGUCACCACCACAAUCACAGACCUUCACCUACUCCAUAUUAUUACAACUCACCACCUCCUCCAUCAUCACCAGCAUAUGUGUAUAAGUCUCCUCCUCCACCAUCACCAGCAUAUGUGUAUAAGUCUCCACCUCCACCAGCAUAUUAUUACAAAUCUCCACCCCCACCAUCACCUACUUAUGUCUAUAAGUCUCCACCUCCCCCUCCAUACUACUACAAGUCUCCACCUCCACCAUCACCAUCUCCUCCACCACCUUACUAUUACAAAUCUCCUCCUCCACCCAAAGAGUUGCCACACCCUACUCCUUACUAUUAUAAAUCACCACCUCCACCAUCUCCAUCGCCACCACCUCCUUACUACUACAAGUCACCUCCGCCACCAUCACCUUCUCCUCCUCCUCCAUACUACUACAAAUCCCCUCCACCACCCAAAGAGUUGCCACACCCUACUCCUUACUAUUAUAAAUCUCCUCCACCUCCCUCGCCUUCUCCACCACCUCCUUACUACUACAAGAGUCCUCCUCCACCAUCUCCCUCUCCUCCUCCUCCAUAUUACUACAAAUCCCCUCCACCACCUAAAGAAUUGCCACACCCUACUCCUUACUACUAUAAAUCACCACCUCCACCAUCUCCAUCACCACCACCUCCUUACUACUACAAGUCACCUCCACCACCAUCACCUUCUCCUCCUCCUCCAUACUACUACAAAUCCCCUCCACCACCGUCUCCAUCGCCUCCUCCUCCAUACUACUACAAGUCUCCUCCUCCUCCAGAAAAAUCACCAGAAUAUCCCCCUUACUACUACAAAUCUCCACCUCCACCAUCACCAUACUAUUACAAGAGUCCUCCACCACCAUCUCCAUCACCACCACCCACUUACUACUACAAAUCUCCACCUCCACCAUCACCUUCACCACCGCCUCCUUACUAUUACAAGUCACCUCCACCACCAUCUCCAUCACCACCUCCUCCUUAUUAUUACAAAUCUCCUCCACCUCCCUCGCCUUCUCCACCACCUCCUUACUACUACAAGAGUCCUCCUCCACCAUCUCCCUCUCCUCCUCCUCCCUACUACUACAAAUCUCCUCCACCACCAUCACCGUCUCCCCCACCACCUUACCAUUACGUAAGCCCUCCUCCACCAUCCCCAUCUCCACCACCACCAUAUCACUAUACCUCACCACCUCCUCCAUCCCCAACUCCUACUCCCACAUACACUUACAAGUCUCCUCCGCCACCGGCGUACAUCUAUGCUUCCCCACCACCACCAAUCUACAAGUGAGGUUAGAAUGCAGAAGCACAAAUCGUGAUAAGUCAUGGUCUAGUGGAAUAAAGUCUUCUAUUUGGAGCAAAGUAAAACAUUAUUCAUAUCCAAGUUCUUUGAAUAACAUAAUUUCUCUAAGCUACAAGGUUCGCUAUUUGGGUUAUGAGGCUGCUGCUUCUGUUUCUUGGACAGCAAUCUUACAUGUCCUGUGCUUAAUAAGUUCAAGAAAAAUCCGCAACAACAAGCCCCAUCAGAUUUGAAACUUCGAAGCCAAGUCAAGGUGAAAAGUGCAGUAGAGAGAUGUAUAUUUCUUAUUUGUUUAUGCAUAAAUUAAUAUUAUCAUUUGUACGUUCUUUGUAUGUUUAUUUCCAAUUAUUGUGGCAUUUUUUAUUAAUUAUAUCUUCUUACGCGUUUGCAAUAAGAGUAAUCAUAAUGUAUA